UGUGGGAGUGUACCGAGACAAAAAUACGACAAAAAAAAAGAAAACCAAGGGAUUUCGUCACAGAACGAAUCAACUAUUCACUUGUUUAUCUUUUUUCCAUGGGGUGUGAGGUUGAGGUGUCACAAAAUUAUCAAGUUACCCUGGUAUUUAAUGAUUUAUCACCACUAAAUUCGCCGUGAAUUGUCAACAAUCGAGGGGAGAGACAUAUGCACGGGUUUGUGGGAGUCACCAAGCAAAUGGCCAGACUCUCCUUUAUUUUCUUUAGUUUAUUAUUCGUCGUCUCAAGGUAACGAUUGUUAUUACUGGGCAUGAAGAUGAAGAUACCGACUGGAGGCUCUGGUAAUGGUUAUUAUGGACACGAGAGUGGAGUCAUUUCGUAUCUGGAUAAUGUGGAGACCGAACCGGACAUUCCCGGGGGGGAGAAUGGGGAUUUCUCGGAGUACAUGUGGAUGGAGAAUGAAGAGGAGUUUGAUAAACAGGUCCUGGAGCAACUUGAAGAAGAGGAACUGAUGGAGGAGUGUCUAGAGGCGAUGCUGGAGGAGGAGCAACAGCACCAGAGAAACCAAACGUCAGUGGCCUGGUGUAAUGCUGUUGCCGGGGAAAAUAGUGGGAAUGAAUUGUGCCAGCAACUGGGGAGCCUCAGGGUGCACGGAGAGCUUGCUAAAUCUAGUACAUUAAAUCCAAAUGCAGCUGAGUUCGUCCCCUCGUUCAAAACCUCAGUAAGUACGUCAUCGGAAAUAACCAGUGAUUCGUCGUAGAAGGACCGCUCAUCAAUAAAAAUAAUUAAUUGCAAAAGAGAGUAAUGAACGAGUCUCGUUAGAGACUGGUAAUUUACUUGGGUUCAAAAACCCUCUCAUCGAGUAAAAAACUGACUGAAAAAUGAAAAAAAAAAUUAACAAAAACCAAAAAAAAGGACAAAAAAUAUGGAUAGAGCCAUUGCAGUAAACUGUUUCCGAAGCCUGUUUUCUCUUUUUACUUUAAUCAGUGGGAAGAAGAUACCUCUUAUUGGCAAUCAACAAUCUUUCCUAGGCAAUUCGCACUAACGCUUGCCGCAUUAUUAUCCCAUAGAUCAGUCUCCUCUGUAAGAAUCAAAGUAACAAAAUGAAAUAACAAAAAAAACAAUAAAAAUGUUGAAACGACAAAAAAAAACAAAAUGGGUAGAAUACUAUGAAAAUGUACUUAACGCCAGUAGUUGUCAAUCAAAAAGAAGAAUAAUCAUGAAAAAUAGGGCUCACGUGCACGAGUUCUUGGGGAGCUAUUGAAAUUUCCUUGCAUUAAAUUUCAAAAUCUCUUCGCUAACUAUUUUACCUCUGGAGUUUAGAAUAUUUUAAACCUUUUUAUUCGUACGAAAGCUCUUGAAGUCCUGGCUGGGCUGUGAAUGGUGGAGAACGGUGAUUUACCAAUUUUUAAAUGACACUUUUACAUGAUUCUCAAUAAAUUUUUAUUAGUUACAAAACACUUUUGAGGAUUGAAUUUAUUCGUUAGUCGUUUCUGGGGGCUGGAGAUUUUUCCAGUGCUUUUGUAAUUAAUACAAUUUUUUGUUACGGUUUUAAUGGGAUAUUUUAUUUUUCUUGAUUCAAUUUGGUUCUUGGAAUUUUAUGUUGCCUGUUUCCGGUCUUCCAGUUUGUACUUUACGAGUUACCCGAGUGCUUUGAGUUUUAAUUCAUUGAAUUUUUAGUGAAGUCAGUGUGCUGUGAAGAGCAAGAUUCGUGUUUAAUAUUUCUGUGGGACGUGAUUUCAGGAAACGGUUCAUAUCGACUUGGCACUCAGCUGAGUUUUUGAGGAAUAUCUCCGAAUCUAAGGGAGAUACCGAAAUUUUUGUAAUGAUGUUUUUUGUAGGGCGAAUUGAGGGCUAUAAAAAAAGUUAUGACAAAAAUUUAGCUGUCUUCCUUAGAUUUCAAGGUAUUUAAUGAAAACAGACCAACAGUAAAAAUCAACGUAAAUCAUUUUACCGGUUUGCUACGGAUUUGUUUUACAGAAAAUAAAAAUUCCUGUGGACAGAAAUGUGGAUAGAAAUGUUUUAUACGUAUUGACCUGCUUCAGUUAUCGUUAUUUUAUCGUUAUCCAUUCUAUUACUGCGGCAAUAGCCCCGAAAGUAAUGAGUAUCCAUUGAGAAUCAAUAUUGAAAAUUUAUUGAGAACUUGUCAUACGAUAUGACGAUUAUAUUCCUCUGUCAUAAUUUUAAAAAAAUGAAAACUUGGAAUUUUCAAUUGCAAAAAUGAAGGUGCAUGCUAAUAGUAAUAAAAACUUGAAGUGAAGAAGAAAUAAAAAAUAAUAAAACUAGGGUACUGCAAAAAAAGACUAAAAACCAUUGAUGUCUCAAUUAAAGAUACCACAGAAUUUUGUUAUGGGAAGAGAGAUUCUAGAAAUAUUCAAUUAUUGUUUUUACAGCUAAAGUCACAAUUACAUUGCACAUUUUAAAAUGACGUCUCAACGAAGACAAGUUAGUCACUCGCUGAGGACAUUUGUACGCGGCCUGCCUCGAUUCUAGGAAAUAAAAUGUACAAAAAAGAUGAAAUCAAAUUCUGUAGGAUAAAUAAUGAAGUAAAGAAAUUUCUCGCAUGUUGUAAGGGACGAUGAAAUCUAAGUGAUAGAAAUCAUUGCGACUACGUUAAGUAAUUACAUUAUUAUCAGCAUUUGUGAAUUUGUCACUUCAUUUUCUUUUAUAAAUAGCAUUUAACAUAUAGUAUAGGAAUAAAAAAAAUAUCUAUGAAAUACAAA